AUGGUGGACACUGCCUCGAAGCAUCGAGCUGAGUUUGCCUUUGCUCAGCUCGAGAACGAGAGAUCUCUGACAUCUUCUCGUGACGAGCUAAGGGUAGCUCGUGGGAUUGCUGAUCGGUCUCGGGCUGAGAUAACUGCUCUUCAGACCCUUGUUGAUGCCCACCAUCGGGAGCACAAGGCUCUCUGCGAGAUGCUUGAGCGCAAGGGCGUUCUUCAUCGGAAGAAGCAGCGUACUGAUGGUACGGCUUAA